AUGGACGCCGCGGGCGCGAGCGCGGUCCUCGGCCGCGUCGCGCUCGUCGCCGCGUACGCCCUCCUCGGCUACGCCCUGAAGCGCGUCGGCGUCGUCUCCCGAGACGACGGCGCCGUCAUGCUGCGCUUCGUCGUGAACGUCACGCUCCCCGCGCUGCUGCUGCACACGCUGACGAGCGCGGGACCGCUGUUCGGCCCGGGCGCGCCCGUAGUGUUCCUGACGUCGAUCCUCGCGUCCGCGCUCGUGACCGGCGGCGCGUGCCUCCUGUACCGCCGCCGGCCGUCGUACGAGCGCGGGCUCAUGGUGGGCGCGAUGACGGGCGUGAACUUGGGGACGUUCGCGUAUCCGUUCGUGGAGGCUGUCUGGGGCGCGGAAGGGCUCAGGCUCGCGGCGCUGUACGAUAUCCCGAACGCGCUGGUCGUCUUCGGCGUCGCCGCGGCCAUCUUCGCCGCGGAGGAGCGCAACACGAUCCGGGACGCGCGAAAGAAAAACGCGAGGCACGACGACGGAGGCGUCUACGUCGGCGAGUGGUCCGUCGGCGGCGAGUCCAAGCAAGGCCUGGGCGUGUACACGUACCCGAGCGGCGCGGUGUACGAGGGGAGGUGGAACAACAACGUCAAGGACGGGCACGGGGUGUACAAGUGGGCGAAGGGCGGGUCUUACGCCGGGGAGUUCAAGCGCGGGACGUUUAACGGGCUCGGCGUGAGGUUUCUGCGGAGCGGCGGCGUGAAGAGCGGGCGGUUCGAGGAGGGCGAGUUCGUGGAGGCGAUGGACAUGAAAGCGACGGACGCGGCGGCCGCGGAGGCGGCGACGGUGAGCUCCCUCGCGCGCGAGGCUGCCGCGAAGGCGUCGGUCGAGGAGACGAACGCGCGGGCCAUCUCGAGACUCGCGACGAAGAUUCUGACGUUUCCGCCGAUGAUCGCGCUUCUGCUCGCGUUCGCGUCCAGAGGCGCGCCGCUGCCGGACGCCCUCGCCGCGGUCCUCGCGCCGCUCGCGGCGGCGAACCGCCCGCUCGUGCUUAUCACCCUCGGCGCGCUGUUCGAGCCCGCGCUGUCGCGUUUGCGGCUGCGAAACGUCGCGAAUUUUCUGACGACAAAGUACGCGUUGUCGCUCGUCGCCGCCGCGGUCGCGACGACGUUCGCGCCGCCGUCGUUGGGCCCGUUCCGCUUCGCGAUCGCCGCGCUGGUCCUGAUGCCCGUGCCGAGCGUCUGCGUGCAGUACGCGCUCGAUCACGACGCGGACGCGGUGACGGCGACGGCGUUGACGAACUACUCGCAAGUCGCGUCGCUCGUCGCGUUGUUAACGCUCGGGUUCCUCUCCUCCGGCGGCGCCGGCGCGACGUCCGCGGCGUGGUACGUCCUCCCCGGCGGUCUCCUCGUCGCGGGCGCGGUCGUCGCGGGUGUUGGAUUCGCGCUCGACCGCGCGCUCGCGCCGGUGAAGAUGGUGUUCAAGCCGCGGGACGGGAGCGACGGCAUGAACGCGCCCAUCGUGACGACGGCGAUGUCGUCAGUCGCGAUGAAGAAGCCGGAGGACGGCGACGGCGAUUUCGGCGGCGCGGGCCAAGGGCCCGUCGUCGCGAGCGCGGGCGGGCGCUGGCGCGGGUCGAACGCCGCGCGCGGCGGGUUCGGGUUCGGGUUCGGGUUCGGGUUCGAAAUCCGGGACCGCGCGCCGAGGCGGGGGAGCGCGUCCGGGCUGGUCGUGACUAAAUGCCCAUACGGAGGGAGGGCGACGAGGGUUCGCGCCGCGCGCGUCCCUCGGAAAUCGCGCGGCGGCGGCGCCGGCGGUUCGCGCGCGAGUCUUCGCGUCUCGUCCUCCGCGGUCGCUUUCGCGUGA